GUGCCUGAUGUGUUCGGCGGCGCUUUAGCGGACGCCUUCUCUUCUUCCUGCCGGGGUGGCCGUGUCGGCUUCUACCCGCAGUCGAGGGAAGAGCCGGUCCUACGACCUCUCGAAAAGGUUACAGAAGGAGCUAAUGGCUUUGCAAAAUGACCCACCCCCAGGAAUGACUUUAAAUGAGAAGAGUGUACAAAAUUCAAUAACGCAAUGGAUUGUAGACAUGGAAGGAGCACCAGGCACAUUAUAUGAAGGAGAGAAAUUUCAGCUUCUGUUCAAAUUCAGUGGUCGUUACCCUUUUGAUUCACCUCAGGUUAUUUUCACUGGUGAUAAUAUUCCAGUUCAUCCUCACGUUUACAGCAAUGGACAUAUUUGCCUCUCCAUUUUGACAGAAGACUGGUCUCCAGCUCUCUCUGUGCAAUCAGUCUGUCUUAGCAUCAUCAGCAUGCUUUCCAGUUGCAAAGAAAAGAGGCGGCCUCCUGAUAAUUCAUUUUAUGUAAGGACGUGUAAUAAAAAUCCAAAGAAAACAAAAUGGUGGUAUCAUGAUGAUACGUGUUGAUGUUCAGAUUCUUGGCCCUGGUAGAGGAGAAAGUACUGCUGAGUCCAAAAGCACUUUGAUCGGUCAAUUUUUGAACUUUAACACAGACUUGCCUGCAGGCACUGGAGACUACUUCCUUUACUGCAUUUCUACUAGUGUAUAUCAGGGCACAUGCUGAUAGCUGGUUAAGUUCCUGCAACUGACCCUAUUUCAUUUAUUAAGCAGUAUUAAUGCAGCACUUAGGAAGAAAUCUUGUAAUUUCAACAAUAAAUCAUCUCUGUUGUUUAGUUUACUGUGAGGACAUACCUUGUGAGAAGGUUUGAAACCCUCCUGUGUUGUGCAAUAAAUGGUUAUUGGCGCAUGCUUGGAGACUUAAAACAAAAGGAAAUCUGUGCAAUAAAAACAAAGGGAUCCAUUUUUAAUUGACAUUUGCAACUGUAUUAUUGUACUAAAUUUAAUGCAUUGCUGUCACGUGGCCAGGUAUGUAAAAACUUGUGGCAUAUUUUGCUGCAGCAACAAAUUUAAUUCAUUCGAUGAAGCAUUCCAAAACUUAAAAUUUUUCAAUACUGUUGUCUCAUUACAAAAAUAUAUUUAAUUUAUUUUACUCCAAAUUACUUUUGGAAAAAUACGUUCUUCAUGGGCAUUUGUCAGGGUCAUUGACCAGCCUUCAGUGUGGGCCCUCGUGCUCCCAUUUCCCCAAAAAGACAGUUUUAAACUGGAACACAACUAUAAUGUAUUGCUUUGCAUUCAUUUUGUUUCUCCAAUGUCACAUUUUUUGUUAUCAUACUUGAAGCUUCUGAUAUGAAAUGUAUUUUGAAUGAAAAGCUGUUUUGUCAUAAUACUGUCUCCUGUAAAUUAUUUCCUAUGUAUCUGACACCUUGUCUUUAAUUCUUUAUGCUAUAAAAAUUGCAAUCCAUCUUGAAGAAUACAAUUAAUGUUUUGACAUAUUACUUAGAUAUAUGUUAACAUAUAUGUUGCUGUGUUGCAGUUUAUUAGCUUCUCAUUAUGAAAAAGAUAGAACUAAUCUUUGUUGAACCAUUAUUUAUGAAUGAAAUUAAAUGCUGUAGGUUGGAAUUUGAAAGUAAUUGUAAAAAUGAGACUUGAAUACUCUAUACCACUAUUGCAUAUGUUCUUAAUAACAAAAUUAGGGCUGAAAGCUAGGUGGAAAAUGAUUUCAGGAUGCAACUGUUGAAACCUGUAAAGGUGAUACCUGAGAUAAACCAGAGUGAUGAUUUUUUACCCCCCCCGCAAAGUACUGCUGAUCUGUGUAAGAAAUGUAACCUUUUGUGUACUGAGUUGCCUUUGUAGCGUUCACAAGUUGACAUUUGUUAACACUGGCAACACCUUUUUUGUAAAUUUCUAAUAUAAAAUUUAGAGAAAUUGGAAACCAUAUUUUCAUUCAUGGUAGCCUGCUGAUAAAUAAGACCAAUAUGGUCAGAUCAUUAUUAUUUUCAGUAAUGCAACUGCUCAACUGCAGGGUUAAAUCAUUAGUUGUAUUGUCCCUUCUAAAAUAUGCAGAAUUGUGUUUUUUAUGUAAGGGUAUUAAAGAAAAACAGAUGUUUAGCUUUCCAUUUUAUUUUAGUUUUAUUGAUUGAUAGCGUUCAUUGACUUCCCUAGUGAGUUAUUCACUAACAAUUUUCAUGAACAAGAUUUAGUUGAUUAAUCAGAGCAUAGCCAGCAACGCUUCUGAAUUAAUUGAUUUUGGACAAACUCUGUAAAUACUGUCCUUCUGUACUUCGGUCUGAAGUGCCUAUAUUGCCUGGUGUUUGCCAUAUUAUGGUCACGUUAUAUUAGUAAGGCUCAUGACUAACACUUCAGGUUAAAUUACUUGCAAUCCAUCUACUGGCUGAGAGUUUUCUAAAUUAGGAUUGCUUCAUCAUACAUUUACAAAACUGGGAUUAAAGUUGAGGGAAUUUUAACAUCUCAAUAAAUGUCCACUUUUUCAGAUGGCAUUUGUGUGAAACCACAAUUCACCUGUUUAUUAAGGCAAAACAUUAUUUACCCAUCUGUCUUUGGACAUGGGCUGUGCAGCCUGCAAUAUUUUGGGAGAAAUUAUCUCAACAAAUUCUAAAUAUCUAGGAUACAAUAUCAAAGCAUUGUCCAAGCAUGUAAGUGUAUAAAUUUGAAAUCUCUGCAGGACCAGUGUUAAAUUUUAACUGGACUCAGCUUAUCUUUUUUAAAACAAUAUGCCAGCUAAUUGACUUGAUGUAGCCUGAAUAUAGUCUAUAUUUGUACAGAUCUUGCACUUGCAAACAUUUUAGCGAAAUGCUGCAUUUACCAUUUGUUAAUAUCAUUGGAGGCAUAAAUAAUCUCAUGGUUUGCGGUGUUAAUUUGGCACACUGAUGGGUCAAAUUUGUAUACUGUUUAAUUGUACCAUAUUUUGAGUGUUAUACUGUGGAGAAAAAAUAUAUGGCAAUGAAUUGGCUAAAGAAAAAAUAAAUCUUAGUUUUAUACAAUAAUAACAUUUAUUUCUGAAUAACAACAUAGUAUUCUACAAAGGAUUUUCUAAGCAUUGUUUUCACUUCUGAACACACUUUUGACAACCUUUUAGUGAAUGUAUCAUUAAAUGGGGAUUUCUUAGUAUGCUCUGAACAGACCAUAUGUAGAAUAUUCAUGCCGUUUUAUAAAAACCUGGUAGAUUUGCAGAAAUAUUUUUUCAUCCUAUCCAGUUCUUCCUGGCCUAGUAUUGAAGAAUUUAAUAGACUGUUUAUUGCCAAGAAAGGUAUCUACUGAAAAUUUAUUUAACUUUUUAAAAUUGGAUUAGUGCUUGAGUUAUAUAAAUUUAAUAUGUUCUGAACAGUGCCAAUCUAAGUUCCCCAAUGCUAAAAAGCUUGUGAAAAUCUGAAUAAUAUUUUACCCUAAUCCUUGAAUCUGGCUAUGGAAGUUCUAAUUGGUUUAGUUUUUAGCUGCAAUGUUAUUAUUAAAAUUUGUGUUAAUGUUGCUUAGUUUUGUUUGGAUGUGAGGAAAACUAGAAAGCGUGAGAUUGUUGCUGACAUAGGCAUUUUUUUUUUUUAGAAGUAUGGCCUGCCUGACUUAAGGAUUUCUAGGUGCAUCCUUGUUAUCUCUGGUCUUGAGAUUUUAUUUUCCCUGCUUUGGGUUCUUUGUUUCUUCCAUUAUCUAAAUCCUCAGCAGCUAAGCACACAGGUGACUCCAUUGUCCUAUACCUUAAAAAUCAUUAAGACUCAAAGUUCCAGCAAUAUGCUCAUUAAACUGAGAUGGCUUGAAAUUAGAGUCUUUAGGUUAGUGAGAGGAUUCUUAUUCCUGUUGUGUUAUUCAGUUAGUCUUGAUAGAGAGAUGUGUGAGACAUUGCUAAGAUCAUAUUUGACUCAGCUGUGUUUUAAAGGUGAGUAGCCCACCAGGUACAUUCAGAAUUGCUUUUGUUGAAGUUGAACAUUGUUUAUGCCUAAGUACCGUUUUAAGAGGAGUUAUUAGCUUCAGAAGAGAAGAAUGUUGGAAGUCCCUCGGACACCAAAUAAUUUUGAUCCAGAGAAAUCCUUCCAUAUGCAUGGUAACUACAACCUACACUACUGAAACAUUUUCCAUUAAGUGAUUUCCACAAAUUUCUAAAAAUGUUGUUUGUUUAGUGUUCCGUGUGAGAGUUCAAAUAGUAUUAAAACUUUUCAUGCAAAAUAGCUGCCCAGACAUACCUCAGUACUCAGUUCCCAAAGGACAUUCUGAUCUCCUACAAAAUCACUGUAAUCAGCAGUAGGAUGAAAAUCCAUUAAAUUUUUUACACUUAAAUAUUUGAUAUAACUGUUGGUAAAUGCAGUGCCCAGUGCAAAACUUAGCCAUACAGGUAGGAUGUUACCAGGUUCUAUCCCCACAAUUUUAAGCCCAUCUCACCUAAGAUUGCAGGAGAGAUUAAACAAUGACAUUGUAGUGCUCGAGGGUUGGG